AUGGCGCCGAGAUGCAAUCGCGAGACCAAGGCCAGCGAGCUUGUGCCUUACUAUGCCCCUCAAAUUGUUGGAAAGACAAUUCUUAUCACGGGAGUCUCCCCAGGAAGCCUUGGUGAAAGCUUUGUCAAGCAAGUCGCUGCAGCAAAGCCUGCAAGAUUCAUCUUUGCUGGACGUUUGAUCUCCAAGAUGCAGGGCCUCGUCGAUCAACUAAGCGCUGCACACCCGGAAAUACAGGUCAAAUGCCUUGCCCUGGACCUGCUCUCAUUUGCUAGUGUUCGAAAGGCUGCCGAGACUGUCAAUUCAUGGGAGGAUGUACCUCACAUCGACGUAUUGGUCAAUAACGCUGGCAUUAUGGCGGUCCCCUACAAGUUGUCCGAGGACGGAUUCGAAAGCCAGUUCCAGGCGAACCAUCUCAGUCACUUCCUCUUCACCAAUCUCAUCAUGGGAAAGAUCCUAUGCUCGAAAUCUCCGAGAAUUGUUGUCAUCUCCAGCGGUGUGCACCGCGUAGGUAAUAUCCGCUGGACUGAUUACAACUUCAACAACGGCAAGCACUACCAGAGGUGGCUGGGGUAUGGACAGUCAAAGACAGCCAAUGCUCUGAUGGGUCUUGCACUUGCUGAGAAACUCGGUCCACAAGGCGUUCUCGCGUUUCCCAUGUGUCCUGGAAAUAAGUGGAUAUUUGGCAUGGAUGAGAUCUACUUCAAGGACUUUGACCAGGGUGUCGCUACGCAUGUUUUUGCUGCCUUCGACAACAGCAUCGCCGAGCACAAUGGUUCCUUCUUGAAUGACUGUCGUCUUGCGGACCCGGACCAGGAAGAAGUAUAUUCUUGGGCGACUAGUAAGAGGGAUGCCGAGAGACUCUGGGCCCUGAGUGAGAAGCUCGUUGGCCAAGAGUUCAAGUACUAG